AUGGCGUCACACAGAGUACAGCAUCAAUUGGCCAAACAGCUUGAGAUCAACGCAGCCGGCACUGCGCUCGUAGCCACCCCGAGGCCAACGACUCUUCAAAACCCCACUCCACAACAACCCUUCCCUACAUAUCAUAUAGGGUACAACCCCCUGAGCAACGUCGGCAGGGUGGCCCAGGCGAUCCCCCCGCGGCCGGCAAACGGUCAUGGCUCGGCGCAUCCCUUCGAGAUGCUGGCGGAAGAGAACCUCCACCCGGUGCUGUUUCGCCUGGAGCCCGGGCCGGACCGCUUGCACGGGGUGCCGGUGCCUCUCUUGGUGGACCAGGCGACUGGUCUCAUCGAGCACGGCAACGGUGGGAGACCGCUUCGAUUCUUCUCCCACCUUCCCCGAUGGAUCGCCGCCAACGUCUCGGGCAUGUUGAUGGAGCUGUGGAUCCGUCUGGACCCACGGGUCGAGAUGUCAGACAUUAUCGACCGCGUGAACGCUCAAGCUCAGGUCAAGAUGCCCCGAGCGAAUACCUUGAUCAUGAGGAGGAUUCGGUUCCGGGAGAUCAUCAACGUGCCGGCGUUGAGCCCUGGGCGCCAGAUGCCCACUGCCAACGAGGUCCAGCUCAUUGGCAACCUGAGUCGGGAGCAGAUCCUCCUGAACACAGCCAUGGCUGUCGACUUGGCAGGAAACCGGCUCCUGCAACCCCGCCUAGUCAAUGGCAAGACCAUCCUGGGGUACAUCGACAGCGGCCUGGCGGUCGACCACUACAUCGCAGAUUUUUGUCUGCCGAUCCCAAUACCGUCAGGCCGCAUGGUUGUGAGUCUGGAGCUCCGCAAGAGAUUGCAGACUCUUGCGCGGCGGCGUGGCCUGGGCAACACCCCGACAGACUACCACAAGCUGUCGCGGGACCUGGCGCCCAGCUGGUGGGUCAAGAAAGGAGAGGCGAGGCCGAUGGCCGAUCUUGAUGGCAAGAGCCACGAGGAAUUCGUUGGCGACUUGCUCGGCCAACACCCUCCCGCGACAGCCAGAGCCCGGGUCCGACGACCGGUGCUGCCGUCUGCCGCUGCCGCUGCUACUGUUCCUCCUACUCUGCCUCUGCCUGCAGCGCCGAUGGUGCCAAUGCAGCCGCCACGAACUUCCGCAGGUGCCGCACCGCCCAUCUUUCCUCCUACUCCACUCUCUGGUGCUCGAAACGCCGCUGCCUUGUUCCAUUGUCCAGGCCAAGCCAAUGCUGCCUCUGGCACUGCGGUUCCUGCCGGUGCCACUGUAAACAGUGGUCUGAUCGACCCGCGCCUUCUGGUUGCGGCGUCGACGACGAUGGCGACAUCAAGUGCUGUUCCGGGAGUGGGUGGUCUUUCUGCCGGUGCCUCUGGGGCUGGAGUGCGGCGGUUUCAUGUGGUCACGCCGACAGGCACCUCCAAUUACGUGGAGGCGGCCACCGCUGAAGCUGCACGCCAGGUCGCUCGGCCUGCGAGUUCUUCGCAGACUGCCGCUGACCAUGGCAACCGCUCUGAUCCAGGUGCUGGUGGAUACGUCUGGGGAGAGGAGGAGGCGCGGGCGGCCCGGUAUCUUCGGGAAUUUAUUGCGAGAGGUGGGUAG